AUUAUUUUAAGAUUUUAUUAUCACAAGGAAGGAUUAUUAAUGAAUUUAAUAUUAUGUGUCUUGAGUUAUCGGAAAUUGAUCCGGAAAUUUUCGAAAUGAUUAUUACGUAUAUAUAUACAGGAAUGAUAGAUUUUUCAAAUGCUACAAGUGAAAAAAUAUUUUCUUUCUUGAUCACAUCAUCAAAAUUAAAUUUAUCAGAAGCAACAUCAUUUACACAAUCAUAUUUAGUAGAUAAUG